UUUUUUUUUUUUUUUUUUUCCUACUUCACUUAUUCAAAACUAUACACCAACCAUUCAUGACAAUCGCAAUGUCAAAAGUCAACGGACACAGUGAAGUGCUCAACAUAAAAUCUAUAUUGAAGGUUCUGGUUCAUGAGCCUUCCCAAUUCCAACCUAUUCAUGCUGAAACGGCGAUUCAUGAAAUCAUGGCCGGUCGUGCCUCUCACAGUCAAAUCUCAGCAUUCUUGGUCGCUUUGCGUCUUCAACAAUUGGAUGCGGAUCCGACUAUUGUAGCAGCAUGUGCCACCGCCAUGCGUAGUCACGCGCGCUUGAUUCCCUAUGGUGAUUAUGAACAUAUCCAAGGCACGGUGGUUGACAUUGUCGGUACAGGAGGUGACGGUCACAACACAUACAAUGUUUCUACUACAGCAUCCAUUGUAGCAGCAGGUGCAGGUGCCAAAGUAGCCAAGCAUGGUAACCGGGCGGCAUCGUCGAAAUCAGGAUCAGCCGAUCUCAUGGAAGCGCAAGGUUGCCAUAUUCAUAAAAUUGAACCAGAGCAAGUACCUGGUAUUCUUGAGCAAAGCAAUUUCUGCUUUUUGUUUUCCCAAAUAUACCAUCCUUCUAUGAAACAUGUGGCGGCAUUGCGUAAAGAAAUUGGAGUGCCCACCGUGUUCAACCUCUUGGGGCCUAUGAGCAAUCCUGCGAAACCGGCUCGUGUCGUGGUCGGCGUUCACUCACCACAAAUUGGUAGCUUAAUGGCAAACGCCUUGAAACUGACGGGCGUAACGGAAGCGUUGGUGGUGUGUGGUGCAGAAAAGCUGGACGAGAUCAGCCCUGCUGGUGAAACCAAUUUCUGGAAGGUUCAUGGUUCAGGCGAUAUCACCACUGGUACUUUACAUCCUACGCGCGACUUUGGUUUAAAAACGCAUCCACUGUCCGAUGUCAAGGGAGGCGAUUGUCAUGAAAAUGCGGUAAUCCUGAGACGACUGUUGAAUGGAGAAUUGCCAGAGAACGAUCCGAUCCUGGAUUUCGUCUUGCUUAAUGCGGCAGCUCUGUUGUAUAUGGCCGGUAUUGCCAGCGAUUACAAGGAAGGCGUACAGAAAGCUCGAGAAUCCAUUCUGUCAGGAAAUGCCAAGCGAGCGCUGGAGGCGUUUAGAAAAGCGACGGGUAAUUUAACGACAGAAUGAAAAGAAGCAAACCCGAAAAAAGAUUCAAAGAGGGAAAAAAGAGAAAGGAUAAAAUCCAGCUCCACUUGGGUCUAUCGAACGACACAAAAAAAAUGUGUAGCACAACCAAAUCUGUGUAACUGGAUGUUAUUUCAUGAAAAGCACAAAGAUACCAAUUAAAGGAAAUCAAGUCAUGCGCAU